CAACCGGUUAAUUGACAUUUCGACAUUCAGGCUGUCAUCUGAGUAGAGUAUACCGAGUUGAGUUGAGCUGUAAUUUGAAUCUUGGAUGUCAAAAAGUGUUCGAACGACUUGUUGGGACACAAUAAACUUUCAGAUCAAACAUAACAGCUUUUGAGUUUUUGUCAGCUUGAAUACCGAAACAUUCGAACACUGAAACACCGAGAUGGAUGAUGCGCAGAGGCAAAGGAGGAGAGACGACCGAAGCUUCAAAGCUAAGGCAGAGGAGUUGAAAACAUCGAUCCAAGCAGACCACCCGCCAGAGUUGUUGAAGGAUCUAUAUAAAGAGUUUGAGGAAACUUUCAAAAAUUUGAAAGUGAUACAUGAGAAAAUAUUAGACCUGACAGACCAGGAUAAAGAAGAAGAUGAGGAUAAGUGCAUGCAACAACGUAGAGAACUCCAUAGUGGUAUCCGGUUACUUCUUUCAGCAAAGGAGUCUCAGGACGACCAAGAAGGAAGUACGAAAAAAUCUGAAUUGCAUAAAAUAGAAUUAAAGAAAAUGGAGCUACCGAAGUUCACUGGAGAUAUUAAAACAUACACGAGAUUUAAGACGGACUCCAAGAAGUUCGUAGAGAAGGCAACUCAUCCAGAACAAUUGUCAUUUAGACUCAGAUCCUGCUUAGGAAAUGAGGUUAACAAAGUAGUGCAGGCAGCAGAGGACGACUAUGAGCAAAUGUGGACUUUGUUAGACGAGAAGUAUGGCGACAGACACAAGUUGGUAAAUGCUCUCAUUGGAGAUAUCUUAAAGCAGAAGCCGUUGAAAGAGGGAGAGGAUAGCCAAAUAAUUCAAUUCAUCGAACUAAUUCCGGCUUGCCACCGCAACCUAAAGCGGAUGGCCAUCGAGCACGAAAUGAACAACGCCCAAGUUAUCUCCGAAAUCGAGAGUAGAUUACCGGAAGAACAGAGGAGAAGGUGGGUCAGGCUGAUCCAUGAACCACAAGGAAAGGAUAAAAUGGAGAAAGACGGGAAACUAAAAACUCUCUUAGACUUUCUGGAAGAGAAGAGUAAGAGUCUGAGAUACAUGAUGUCAGGCUUGCAAUGGGCUGCACCAAGACCAAAGGUCCACAGCAGCACAGUCAAUUUUGUGUCGACAGGGAAAAUUCCGGACGAAAGCUGCUUGAUACAUGAGGAUGGUAAACACACAACGCAGGAUUCUAGAAUGUUCAAGUCUAUGACCGUUUAUGACAGAAUCGAACUAAUGAAACAAAAAAGAGCCUGCUUCAGAUGUCUAAAAAUAGGACAUCAAGUGAAAUUCUGUAAGUUGGGACGUUGCGGUAAAGAGGGUUGUACUAGGAAACAUCACCCAUUGAUACAUUACGCACCGAGAAAUGGAGAAGUUGUUAUUGCGACGCAACAAAGCAACCCUACGACAAUUCCAAACUCAUCGGGGAGUGGCAGAAUGGCGAAUGCAGCACAACAGAAUAGUUCUAUUACGCAUUCUCCAUGUAUUUUGAUGGCCAAAGAGUUACAAACGUGCAGAGGAGAAGGGAUCACCGCCAUGUUCGAUUCUGCUUGUACAUCCUCCGCCAUCCUAUCCGAGGUGGCUGAAAGACUAAAAUUAAAAAGGAAGCCGCUAACAAUUUCUAUCACUAAGUUUAGUGGUGAGACCGAGUGUAUCGACACGUACAGUUAUAUCCUACCAUUGAAGACGAGAGAAGCAGACAUUAAAAUAGAGGUAUUUGGUAUGCCGCACACCGCACUGCAAGAAUGGCAAGUAUGUUGGGAGUUGACAAACGUCAAGUAG